AAGCGUAGAGCAAUGGCAAAGUCUCGCUUUCUACAGUUUUUUAACAUUUCUUUCAUUUUCUUUCUGAGCGUGAACGUAUUUUGCAAUACUAAUGCUAAUGACGAAGAAAGGAAGGUCUACAUUGUGUACAUGGGAUCACGUGUUGAGAAGGCGACGUACCAAACAAUAGCUGUCCAUUUUAGUAUGCUUCAGCAAGUAAUUGGUGAAACCUCUGUAAAAGAUGUCCUAAUUAGAAAUUACAAAAAUAGCUUCAAUGGAUUUGCUGCCAAGCUCACUGAUCAAGAGGCGAAAAGGCUGGCAGGAAUGAAUGGAGUGGUAUCUGUUUUUCCUAGUACAACUUUCUAUCUACAAACAACAAGAUCCUGGGAUUUUAUAGGAUUUAAUGAAACCGUCAAGCGCAACCCAACCAUGGAGAGUAAUGUCACCAUUGGUGUGAUUGAUUCUGGUAUCUGGCCUGAAUCAGAAAGCUUUAGUGACAAAGGUUUUGGUCCUCCUCCCCAAAAGUGGAAGGGUGUUUGUAAUGGUGGCCAAAAUUUUACUUGCAACAACAAGCUCAUCGGAGCUAGAUUUUACAUUGGUGACUCAGCAAGAGAUGAUGUCGGUCAUGGGAGUCAUACUGCAUCUACUGCAGCUGGAAACAGUGUUAAAGGUGCUAGUUUCUUUGGGCUGGCAGAAGGAAUUGCUAAAGGGGGGGUUCCAUCCGCAAGGAUUGCUGCAUACAAACCUUGUGAUCCAUCUGGGUGUCCUUCAGAAAAAGUUUUGGCAGCUUUUGACGAUGCAAUAGCUGAUGGAGUUGACUUGAUUACAGUUUCAUUAGGAGGUCUAUCUCCCUUAAACUUUACAGUUGACACUAUAGCAAUCGGUGCCUUUCAUGCCAUGGAGAAAGGAAUUCUUACCGUACAAGCUGCUGGAAAUACAGGGGACUUUGAUGAUUUUAGGCCAACUCCAAGUACAGCUCCUUGGGUUCUUUCUGUUGCUGCGAGUAGCAUAGAUCGCCAGUUCAUCAACAAGGUUGUUCUUGGGAACGGGGAGACCGCAACGGGUCUCGCAGUCAAUUCAUUCACACUAAAUGGAACAAAGUUCCCGGUCGUUCCUGGAGAAAAUGUUGCAAAUGAUUAUUGCGGUGAAGACAUAGCUCGGAAUUGUGGCAACGGAUGUCUAGACAAAGAACUAGUACAGGGAAAAAUAUUGUUGUGUAACGAGUUCUGGGGAAUUAAAGAAGCCGUGGAGCUUGGUGCAGUAGGAGCCAUUGUGUUUAACAGUUUAAAUGAUACUGUUCCUCGUGCAGAGGUUGUCCCAUUACCUGUCACAGCUUUAAACAGGGACAACUUUACUGUUGUGGAUACCUACGUAAGGAACAACAAAACCAUAAAUCCUACAGCUGAAAUAUUAAGAAGUGAAACCAUUAAAGACCCUGAUGCUCCUAGAGUAGCUUACUUCUCUUCACGUGGGCCAAAUGCUUUGAUACCGGAUGUUCUGAAGCCGGAUUUAAGUGCUCCUGGGGUGGAUAUCUUGGCAGCAUACUCACCUAUAGUUUCACCCACAGAAUACCCUGAAGACAAGAGGCAGGCAAAAUACAAUGUAUUCUCUGGAACUUCCAUGGCUUGUCCUCAUGCUGCUGCUGCUGCUGCCUAUGUUAAAACAAUUCAUCCUGAUUGGUCUGCUUCUGCCAUCAAAUCUGCUUUGAUGACUACCACUUCCUUCAUAGAGCCAAAUUCUCAAGUUGAUCCAACUAAAGGACUUACUCUUUCACCUGGAAAUAUUAAUCCGGCAAAAGCUAUUAAUGCGGGACUUGUAUAUGAAACUUCUAAAGAAGACUACAUACAAGUGCUUUGCAGCAUUGGAUAUACUUCAAAUAUCAUUAGAAUAAUUUCUGGAGAUAACAGUUCUUGCCCGGAAAGCUUAAAGAAUGUAUCAGCAAGGGAUAUGAAUUAUCCUUCACUGGCAGCUCAGGUUCCAGUAAACAAAACUUUCGAACUUGAGUUUCAUAGAACAGUUACAAAUGUUGGCAGUGCAAAUUCCACUUACAAGGUACAAGUCUCUCAAAAUUCCAAGCAUAGUCUCAAUGUCACAGUGGUUCCUGAAGUUUUAUCUUUCAAGUCUAUAAAUGAGAAGAAGUCUUUCAACGUGACUGUUACCGGAGAAGGUUUUGAGGAAUUUGAUUAUGUGGCUACUGACUUGGUAUGGUCUGAUGGUAGCCAUAUGGUUAGAAGUCCAAUUGUGAUACAUUCAUACACCUUUAACAGCAAUACAUUACAGUGAUUGGGCUUCUUGCAAUCUUCUUUUACAGAUAUGUCAAAUUCAUCUCAGCAAGGCCUGCAUUAGAGAUCUCAUCUUUAGUAUUUGAAUGCUGUUAAUGUAUCUUAUAUGCCUAAUAAAAAAAUGCUGCAAUAAAGUUUUUGUUACUCU